UGUAAGCCUAUUAUCCAGACCAUUGGUCAGAGGAGGAGAUUGAGGUUAGUCUAAGCCCUAAUCCUUGGGAACCUUAUGUUUGUUGUACAGCAAAUACAACCAAGUUCUUGCUCCGCCCCCUUUUAGGCACGCAUGGCACAUCAGUGCGUUUUUUCCCCUUUGCCUCCUUGUUUACCGCUUACGCACCUCAACUCUUCAUCUUGUCUGUGUGGAGGAAGGGGGAGGAAGAGAAGGAAGCAGCGUACACUAUUGAGUAGCUUCCCCCUCGUCUCCAUGACAACCUCACACCCCACCAUCUUCGGAGCAGUCAUCCUGUUUCUACGGUGACCUGAUCCCAUUCCCUUGCUGUUGAUGAUCCGGAUUGAGCCAACAAACAAGAGCAGUCUAGGAACGGAGCCUCGUCUGUCUGUGGAUGGGACGGCAGAUCCCACGCAGGGGCACAGAUUGGAGGACAGGAAGGCUCUGAGAAUGCUGCGGGAGUAGCACGAGAACGUUGCCUGGAAACAGCAGCAUGCCAGUACAACAGAUAACUGUGGUUCCGGCGAGGGAAACCGCAAGCAAUGGCAAGAGCAUUCCUCGCUCCAAAGACAAGAAUGAGGGGAGGAAAGUACCAGGGCGCUCAGGGAGUCGACACAGCAACAUCUCCAAGGCGAGCAACUCAACAGCUGGAGUCACUUCAGUUUCGAGAACAUCAACAACAGCAUCGACUCAGGACAUAUGCAGCUCUGGCCAGCUGAUCAGCUUACAGGAGGAUGCUUCUGAGUUGAACAGACUCAACAAGAACAGAAAAACUACCUCUGCCAUGACAGUCACCAGCACAGCUCUGAGCUCGGCAGCUCAGGGUCAGAAAAGGCCAACCAAGAGGCGCCACCGCCGCAAGAGAAGCAGCUGCACCACCCUAGAUUGUGUAGAGGCCAACUCCAAACAGGAGCAGAGCGACCGCAGCCUCAGCUCUGACCGCAGUGAGCUGGGCGAGAAGAGGGAGCGUUCCUUCAGGAACCGCAGGGAGCUCCCGCCCCGCCUCCGCUGCUCAGGUGCCCAGGAGUCCGACUCGUCCUCCGAGGAUGAGACGUGUCGUGAGACCCGCAGCUGGAGCAAGGAGAAGGCCAGGAGAGCGCGCCGCCGCAGUGUGAGCAGCCGCGAGAGGGAAGCAGCCAACGGGCACAAGGAGGACAAAGCAGAGACAAUGGAGUUGCAGUCGGUAGACUCGGACGAAGGGAAGGAGAAUCAGCCUCUGGUGGAGAGCGAUGGCCUUAAGAAGCGCCACAGCAUCAUGGGCUCAGUAAAGAGAGACGCUCAUGUGUCACAGAAGGAGAGGUCAAGGAGCAAAGAAAACGAGAAAAGUCGCAAAUCACGCAGCCCGAGAGGCAGCUCGUCUUUGGGAGAGGGCGGAGAGGAACUCAUCACCAAGAAAUACCAGGAAAGAGGGUCAGGGGACGGGGACAUGUCCGUGCCCACCCCUCAGAAACACUGUGGGGUGAACGGGGGCAUGCCUCGACCCUGCUCAGAAGACUCUGAGCUGGAGGUCUGCAGGAUUUGCCACUGUGAAGGGGAUGACGAGUUCCCGCUGAUCAUGCCAUGCCGCUGCACGGGGAGCCUUAGCUUCGUCCAUCAGGGCUGUCUCAACCAGUGGAUCAAAUCCUCCGACACCCGCUGCUGCGAACUCUGCAAGUUUGAUUUCAUCAUGGAGACCAAGCUCAAGCCGUUAAACAAGUGGGAGAAGCUGCACAUGUCGAAGAGCGAGAGGAGGAAAAUCUUCUGUUCAGUCUUGUUCCACCUGAUUGCCAUACUGUGCAUGCUGUGGUCUGUCUACAUUCUGGUGAAAAGAACCACUGAAGAGAUCAAACUUGGGAAGAACGAUGAGAUUUGGAGAGUUUCUCUUCUGAGGUCUUAUGAGCAUCAGGGUGUGCUAGAGUGGCCCUUCUGGACCAAACUGAUUGUAGUGGCCAUCGGCUUCACGGGCGGCCUCAUCUUCAUGUACAUCCAGUGUAAGGUCUACCUGCAGCUGUGGCGCCGCCUAAAGGCCUUCAACCGCAUCAUCACGGUGCAGAACUGCCCCGAGAAAAACCUGCACAACUCUCAGACGCGGUCCACCACCCUCACAAACGGCAAGCACGAAACCGUGGAGGUCCCAGUCACUCCGGCUCCCGUACCGACACCCGAGGCCCAGGUGGACUCGGACGUGUCUGUGGAGGCUGCAGUGGCGCCGGCGCAAAAUCCCGUUUGACUCGAUUCUCCUAAAAGGUCAAUCACGCCCUGCUCAUCCUGCGAGACCAGCUGUUAUGAGCACAGUGUGACGUGGACUCUUGCAGCAGUUGCUCUCCAGCUCAAGGGCUGAAGCAGAACUGACCCAGUCCAGGACUGAAACUGGGAAGCUGAGCAGAUCACCUGCAGCAAAAUACGAGGCGACGUGGGUAAGAGAGGAGAAAAGGUCAGAAGCAAACAUGCAGAAAUAAACACGGAGACUUGUGACACGGUAUUACAGAUGCCAUCUUAUUUGUAUGCACUUUGUAAACCUGCACUGACUUAGCUUGAAAUAGUCAAAAGCAUGUGAAUGCUAACAAUGGAAGGCCUCACUAUGCUUCAAACCAACAUUUCACUCAAAACCCACUAAUGUGAGAUAUUAUAAACUGAAUCAGCAGGAGUGAAAGACGGAAAUCUGAAAGGAAAAGCGAGGGAAAGGUCUUCUGCUACUGCACAAAGGUUAACGCCCUGUGGAUGCUGCACAAUUUACUGCACUUUAGAGCAUUUCUGAAUGUUUAACAUUAACACAUUCCUUUCUGCAAGUUUUUGCACUUCACACAAGCCAUGUUCACACUGACAAAUCCCUGUUUGAACCCUUGUCUUUUUGACUGCUGUUAUUCAUCCUGAAACCAGCAGAUCUUAAAAACUGACUAAAUGGGUUUGGAUUGAAUCAUCGAUCUCUCUAAAGCAGGGGUGUCAAACAUAUGGCCAGCAGGCAGGAUACGGUCCGCCAAAUGGCUUAAUCUGGCCCAGUUGUGGAGAGAAAAAAAAUAAAACGAUGUUGAAAAAAAAAGCGUAGAAAUGGGCUAGAAAAAAAGUUUCUAGCCCAUUCCUGUGGCGAGGUAUGGUUAUUUAAAGAAAUGGCUGCAAUGCGCAAUUCCGCCACUAGGGGAGGCAAAGGAAAAGUGGUCUGGAUGACAUGAAUGUGGUCACUGAACCAAAAUGAGGUUGACACCUCUUCUCUAAAGCCUUUUUACUGAUGCAGAAAUGAAGGUACAUUUUUGCAAAGAGUGGGAAAAAAAGGAUGAGUUUGUGACCCAUGUUUUGGAGCCUCUGCAGAAAAUUUGAAUUGCACUUUGAAGCAUACUGAGGCCUUAGCAUUAGCUCUGGACAAUCAGGUCACCAGACACCAAAGAGUCAGAGUUCAGAAACAGGUAUUAAAAAAUAAAUUGUAAUUCCAUCUUAAGUAUGAAUAUAUAUAUCUAUAUUAUUGCCAUAGAAACGUGUUAAAUGUUUGUUAAACCAGAACCUCAAGUAGCUGUUUUGUCUGCAGCUGUAUGUUCUUGUUCACUGGAGAUCAGUCGUUUAUACAUUUGUGUCACUAGAGAUGUCAUUGUUGCCAUCAGUUUGUAACUUGGAUUAAAGCUGUUUGGUCACACUGCACUGAAAUAGACCACAGUUCAUCCACUUUUCUACAGCUUUAUUUAUUAAUGUUGAUGUAAAACGAUUCUCUGCAAAAUGUCGGGCUGUGCGUUGCACCUUUUUUGUCUGUGCAAUAAAGAUUGAAUGUAGAACCCA